UCUUAUUCUCAGGAAACACGGUAGGAGGGGUCUACCGUAUUCAGGCAGGUCCUAGCUGAAGGGCGCUCCACCUUGCUCAGGAGGACACACGGUUCCCUGAAAGCAUCCUCUGUGGGGAGUGGGGCAGCGGGUAGAAUAAGGCCAACUCCCCCCCACUCCUAACCAAAAAAAGACCCAUGGGGUGAGGGGUGCAGGUGCAGGCUUGGCUGGCUACCCAGACCUCUUAGCCCUGCCAGGCCCAGCCCCCACCUGCCCCUCCCAGAAGGCGUGGGGCAGCUGUGGCGACAGACCCCAGCCAACAAUAACGGUUGGUUGUGGGACCUGGGACCGGGCGAGCCGGCCAGGCAGGUCCCUGGUGAGCCCGUGCCAGGGGCCACCCCCCUCGGUCUCAAGGUCCUGUCCUGUAGGCACAACCUGUGGUGGUUCAGCUGUGUCCGGGCCUUUUCCCUGCAGAAGCACAGGCCGAACCGUCACCCCCACCCCAGCACUGCCGGGCAGGACAGCCAGGCGGGCCCUCCAGCUCACAAGCCAGAGACCCCCUGCUCCCAUGGCCAGUGCUGGGAACCCUGGGGCCCGAGAGGCCCAGGAGGAGGAUGGGGAGAAGGCAGGGGGCUCCUCUGGGCCCCGAGGGCCUGUGCUGGAGCAGGCCCAGGAGCUCUUUCUGCUGUGCGACAAGGAGGCCAAGGGCUUCAUCACCCGGCACGACCUGCAGGGCCUGCAGAGCGACCUGCCCCUCACACCCGAGCAGCUGGAGGCCGUAUUUGAGAGCCUAGACCAGGCCCACACGGGCUUCCUCACUGCCCGCGAGUUCUGCCUUGGCCUGGGGAGGUUUGUGGGGGCGGAGUCGGCCCAGGGCGCGACGCCCUCCCGGACUCCUGAAGAAACCUUUGAGUCGGGCUGGUCGGCUGCGCAGGGCCCCUUUGGGGACUCUCUGGAGGAGGAAGAGGAGGAGGAGGAGCGAUUCUACGCUGCGCUGGAGCAGCUGGGGGUGGCCCCGGUGCUGGGCGAGCAGCGGGCUGUGAGGACGCUCUGGGUCCGGCUGCAGCGCGAGCGGCCCGAGCUGCUGGGCUCUUUCGAGGACGUUCUGAUGCGCGCGACGGCCUGCCUGGAGGAGGCGGCCCGGGAGCGGGACGGCCUGGAGCAGGCGCUGCGGAGGCGCGAGAGCGAGCACGAGAGGGAGGUGCGCUGCCUGUACGAGGACAUAGAGCAGCAGCUCCAAGAGCAGCGGCAGCGCCUGCGGAGUCAGAACCUCCCCCGGGAGGAGCGGAGAGGCCGCUUGGAGCUGGAGCUGCAGAGCCGCGAGCAGGAGCUAGAGCGCGCGGGCCUGCGGCAGCGGGAGUUGGAACAGCAGCUGCAGGCCCGCGCCGCGGAGCAGCUGGAGGCGCAGGCUCAGCACGCGCAGCUGUGGCGGGCCCACGAGGCGCUGCGGGCGCAGCUGGAGGGGGCGCAGGAGCAGCUCCGCAGGCUGGAGGGCGACGCGCGGGGCCGCCGGGAGCAGACUCAACGAGACGUGGUCACGGUCUCCCGGAACAUGCAAAAGGAGAAACUGAGCCUCCUGAGGCAGCUGGAGCUGCUUAGGGAGCUGAACACACGGCUGCGAGACGACAGGGACGCCUGCGAGGCCAAGAGGCUGGGCGGCAGCCGCAGGAAGGCUCUGGCCACCGCGCGCCUGCCUGGGCCCACCUGCUGCUGCUGCUGCUGCUGCUGGGCCCGCCCCGCCAGACGCGGCUCCGGCCACCUUCCAAGUGCCCGGUGAUGGGGGACCACGGGUGUCACCUGGAAGCGCCGCUCGAGGGCGACCUGCAGUGGAGCGGGGUUGCCCAUCCGGGUGUGGGCUGCACCCGGUGUGACCCGGGCCUUCCGACUGAAGACGGGAGGGACCCAACUUCAGUGGCCGGUGGUCGGUUCUCGUGGCCCCGCUGACCUCCACCCUGCCCCCACCCAUCACUCCCUUUCCGUUCAGCGGAAGAACCCGACUCCAACCCCACCACCGCCAAAUAAAGUCCCCUGGAUGCA